AUGGCGCUCAGCUCCCGGGCUCACGCCUUCUCGGUGGAAGCCUUGGUGGGACGCUCGGCCAAGAGGAAGAUGCCGGAUGGUCGCGACGAGGAGCCCGGGGCCGGCCGCCGGCAGAGCCGCAGAGCCCCGGAGGCGGAAAAGCGGCCCAAGGCCGGUGCCGAGAGCCGGGAGGCGGGCGCCGGGGUGCAGGUGGAGCUGCAGGGCUCCGAGCUCUGGCGGAGGUUCCAUGAGAUCGGCACCGAGAUGAUCAUCACCAAGGCCGGCAGGAGGAUGUUCCCCUCUGUCAGGGUGAAAGUGAAAGGGCUGGAGCCGCUCAGGCAGUACUACAUCGCCAUCGACGUCGUCCCGGUGGACUCCAAACGAUACAGGUACGUCUAUCACAGCUCGCAGUGGAUGGUGGCUGGAAACACGGACCACUCCUGCAUCACCCCGCGGCUCUACAUCCACCCCGACUCCCCCUGCUCGGGGGAGACCUGGAUGAGGCAGAUCAUCAGCUUCGACCGGGUGAAGCUCACCAACAACGAGAUGGACGACAAGGGGCACAUCAUCCUGCAGUCCAUGCACAAGUACAAGCCCCGCAUCCACGUUAUAGCCCAGGACUCGCGCUUCGACCUGGCCCAGAUCCAGUCGCUGCCUGCCGAGGGGGUGCAGACCUUCUCCUUCCAGGAGACUGAGUUCACCACCGUGACGGCCUAUCAGAACCAGCAGAUCACGAAGCUGAAGAUCGACAGGAAUCCCUUCGCCAAAGGUUUUCGGGACCCCGGCAGGAACAGGGGGGUCCUGGAUGGGCUUCUGGAGACCUACCCGUGGCGGCCCCCCCUCGCCCUGGACUUCAAGGCUUUCGGCGCAGACAGCCAGGGUGGGAGCUCCAGCUCUUCGCCGGUCACCUCCAGUGGUGGGACGCCUUCUCCUCUCAACCCCCUGCUCUCUCCAUCGUGUUCUCCUCCUGCCUUUCACUUGUCAGCAAGCAACAUCGGUGUGUCAUGCCCUGAGACCUAUCUACACAACCUCAAUGUGCCCCUCUACUACAAGAUUUGUCCUACAAGCUUCUUAAGACAACAGUCUCUCAUCUUCCCAAGCCAUGAAAAACUGGGAGGCACCAGCCCACAUCUUUUACCCCACUUCAUGGUGGAUGUGCCAAAACUAUCUUCCCUCGGCAUAACCAAUCUGAAAAACGCUAAGGCUGAAGACUUGAACGGGCAAUGUCUACAAGUACCCAGUUCUGCUAGUCAAAUGCUGUAUGGAUUACAUGCAUCUGGAAACAUUUUUCCAUCAAGUCCCAUUGCUCGGGAAGCACUUAAUUGUUCUUUACAUCCUCCAUAUGGCUUGUAUGGUUACAACUUCUCUGUGCCAUCUAGACUGAUGAAUGCAGCAAGCCAUUUCAAAGUGAGUGACAGCAUUCCGGCUUCUUUGAGAGAUGGCAGAUGUAAUCACUCUAACUGGCACCCAACAAUUAACCAUUGCCUUUAGUGGAAUUAUAUAUUUCUAAGCAUUGAUAUGUAAAUCAAUCUUUUCCUUCCUUCAUACCCAAGGGCUUGCUAGUUAUUGACUAUGAAAUACUGCAUGGUACAGGAGUGGUGUGCCUAGGCAUUUAGCUUUUUAUGUGGGCAAAUGUGUUGUACUGUUGGGAGGGUGGAGGAUCUGGGAGCGUAGAGGGUCUGAGGUGAUCCACAGCAAGGUGGUACCUUUUGGUAAUAUUUAAGUCAUGGUUGUAGGUUAGGAGCAAACUGUACAGUCACCUUCUUAAUAUUUGCACUCUGAAGUGGGAACAUAGACAUAGACAUAUACAUUUCUACAAAUAUGUUUUCCUCAGACUCUUUCUUCAGCUUGCCUAUAGUCA